AUGUCGCAGCCGGCCUCUCCCCGCCUCUCGCGCCGGCCACAUCCCAUGCGUCGCCAGAACUCGGCAAACGACGACGAGCGCGCUCCGCUGCUCUUAAACACCUCUCGAUCACACAUGCGAAUCCACGGCGGGGCUGCUUCGCCAGGCCGUCCCAACUUGUCCCGCGACCAGAGCUACUCGGGUAUGGAGCAUUUGAUCGCCCGACACCACAGCCGCCGCUCUUCUUGGGGACAGCGCAUAGUCAACGUCUUCACAGAGCGAUCCAUGUCAGAGUCCAAAGGCUCCAUCUUCCCCGACGAGCGAGUAUGGUACGAUCAGUUUACAAGCACCGACUGGGUGCACGAUACGAUUGCCGACUCCUACCGCGCGAGGGGGCUUCGCAGCAGAAAGGAUUUCUGGGGCCGUGUCCUAAAGACCGUAGACGGUAGUCAGGGCUGGAUUCUCAGCGCUCUCUGCGGCUGCGUUAUUGCCUUGAUAGCAUAUACGGUCGAUGUAGCCGAGUCUGUUGUGUUUGAUUACAAGGACGGUUAUUGCACCAAGGCCUGGUAUUUUGACGAAAAAAGAUGCUGUCCUAGAGGGCGCACCGAAUGUGAAGAAUGGAAGACUUGGUCCCAGGCACUGAGUUAUCACCCCUUUGGAGAGAAGUGGACGGACUUUCUGUUUUAUGUCGGAGGCGUCGUUCUCCUUGCCUGCGCCUCUUGUUGGGUGGCCUUGUGGACAAAGACUGUCGUUCCCUCAGCUUAUCGCUUGACCACCUUGGACGAAAAUCUUGCUGCCGAGAGCGCUCACCCUGUGCCGGAUGAAAGCCCUGGCGAUGAAAGUGCCAGUCCUCGACAGGUGGUUGAUAGGAAGCCAGCCAAUCCUCCCAUGGUCUACUACUCAGCAGCAGGAAGUGGUGUCGCCGAGGUUCGAGUCAUUCUCAGCGGCUUCGUUCUUCACGGCUUCCUUGGCCUAAGGACGUUGAUUUUCAAGAUGGUGUCGCUGAUUUUGAGCGUCUCUUCGGGAUUAAGCAUCGGUAAGGAAGGCCCGUUUGUCCAUAUGGCCACUUGUGUUGGUAACAUUGCGUGUCGUCUUUUUGCAAAAUACGAUCGCAAUGAUGCCAAGAGGCGUGAGGUUCUCUCUGCCGCCGCGGCGGCUGGUGUAGCCGUGGCCUUUGGCGCACCUCUAGGAGGAGUGCUAUUUGGGCUAGAGGAAGUGUCAUACUUCUUCCCGGCUAAAACGCUCUUUCGAACAUUCUUCGCCUGUAUCAUCGCCGCGCUUUCUCUCAAGUUCUUGAAUCCUUAUGGCACUCACAAAAUCGUCAUGUUUGAGAUUCGGUACCUGAUUGAUUGGGAGUACUUUGAACUGGGAUCUUUCAUCUUUGUCGGCGUUGUUGGAGGCGCCAUGGGAGCCCUCUUCAUCAAAGCAUCCAAGUAUUGGGCACAGUCGUUCCGUCGAAUCAGGGUUAUCAAGGCGUAUCCAAUGCUGGAGGUGUUUCUCGUAGCUGUUGUCACUGGCCUGCUGAGCUAUUGGAACCCAUUGACCAAAGUUUCCGUUCAAAAAUUGCUCCUCAACUUGGCUUCUCCGUGCGAUCGCACAAGAAUCGAUGGCCUGGGGCUUUGCCCGAGGUCGAUGGAUGACAUACCCUCAAUUCUCUCGACGCUCAUUCUUGCCUUCUUAAUCAAGGGUUUCUUGACUGUCAUUGCAUUUGGAAUUAAAGUUCCUGCCGGUAUCUAUAUCCCCUCCAUGGUUGUCGGAGGUUUAAUGGGACGGAUUGUGGGACACCUUGCGCAGUGGUUGGUGCUUGCCACCCCUGAAUGGAGUGUUUGGGGCGGCUGUGCAACCGCAGCGGAUGGAACGUGUAUCCAGCCCGGAGUUUAUGGUCUCAUCGCUGCCGGUGCAACCAUGUGUGGAGUAACACGUUUGUCUGUGACUCUGGCUGUCAUUCUGUUCGAGCUCACUGGAAGUCUCGACUAUGUUCUGCCCUUUUCCCUAUCGAUCCUUGUGGCCAAAUGGACAGCAGAUGCCAUUGAGCCGUGCAGUAUCUACGACCUUCUUACAAACAUGAAUGCAUACCCGUUCCUCAAUAAUAAGGACAAGCCCAUCUUCAGCGGCGACUUGUCGGAUCUGGUCCGCCGCUACCGGAGAGAGAGAAUAAUUGAUAUUACGAACUCGCCAUCGGUUCCUGCUUCAAGUCUCCGCAGCCAGCUGGAGAUCCUCCAUCUCCACGGCGAACUGGAUGGCGGGUUGCCCAUCCUGAGAGACAAUGUCUUGGUAGGUCUUAUACCUGCGCCGGAUCUCCAAUAUGCCUUGGACCAGUUGCAAGACGAAGGCUCCAGUCACUGCUUGAUGGACCAGGUUCAAAGCUUUGACGAAGAUGACGACAUUGUUGGGCCCGAUCCUACAGAUUUCACCCAAUAUAUUGAUCCUGCACCUGUUGCACUAGAUAUUCGAUCGCCGAUUGAUUUGGCGUGGGAAUGUUUUGUCAAGCUAGGUUUGCGGUACAUUUGUGUCUUGAGGGACGGCAAAUAUGCUGGCAUGAUCCACAAGAAGACGUUUGUCAAAUACACACGAGAAUUAGAAGACAAGCAAGGUGGUCAUUAA